AUGCAAGCUCACUUCAUCUCGUCCAGCAAGGGUCGGGCUGAGCGAGUCCAAGCGGCUAAGGCCACCUUCACCUACAGGUGGUGGCACGGAGUGACGGCCACCAACGUGCUCGUGUUCACGGCCUACUUCUUCUUCGUCAUCUUCGUCGAGGUGCACAAGGAACCGGAAGCGCAUCUCGACAUCGGCACCGUCUACGGACGCACAUUCAAGAACCUCGAGGUAUCUGCGUUUUACGGCGUUCCUUAUGCCAAGACUCCCAUGGGCUACCUGCGGUUCCGGCGGCCAGAGCCAAUGCCCGCGGGCACGCAGUCGUUUGACGGCCGCAACCCACGCUACCCGUGCGUGCAGCACAACCUGUACUACGGCAACGCCACCCUGAUCGAUGCGUCCAACACGUCCGAAGACUGCCUCCACCUGGACAUCUACACGCCCACGGCCAGCUCUGCGUACGACCAGCUCAGAGGCCCCGGGGGCGUCGCCGGAGCGGGACACAGCGCGGUCCUGGUGGCGCUCAUCGACCUGCACUUCGCCAGCGGCGGCAACUCGUACUUCUUCGCCGACCCGCGCAGAUUCGUCAACCAGACGGGCGUGGUAGUUGUAGUGCCCAACUACCGGCUCGGAGCGCUAGGCUUUAUGCGCAGCGGAAAGCAGCGGGCAGCCGGCAACAUGGGCCUGCUGGACCAGGCCAUAAUGCUUCGCUGGGUGCGAGACAACAUCUUCAGCUUCGGCGGCAACCCGCACAACAUCGUCCUCAUGGGCGUCGGGGGAGGCGCAGUGGCCGCCGGCUACCACCUGCUGUCGCCCAUGACGCGAGGUUUCACUAGACGCGCCUUAAUGCACAGCGGUUCCCCGCUGAUGCCUUUCCCGGCCCGUUCGAACAACGACCCAAUCGAGGAGGUGGCACAGCGAGCCCACUGUCUCAACACCGCGGACGACUCGAGCCUCGUGGACCUGGCCUCCGCGGUAACUUGCGUGCACAUGACGCCUACGGAGCGUCUCCGUCCAGCGCUCACCAAAGAUCACUAUCCGAUAACGCACGACUCGUUCAUGCCGCUGCCGUACGAGAGCAUGCUGUCGCAGUCGACGGGACACAGUGCGCAGGUGCUUGUCGGCAACGUGCGGAACGAAGGUGGAAUGCUUGUGGCGCACGAGUUCCGUAACUUGACCUACUACGAGCUGCACAGCACCAACAGGGAAGAGAUCAUCGACAGGCUACUCAAAUACCUUGAACCCUACCACAUCCCAUAUCUGGAGAAGAUCAUCAAGUGCUACCUGGCAAACCCGGAGAAAGUGCAGCAGCAGCCAAACUUCAUCGAUUUGGCCUCAGAAGUACUGGGCGACCUCUUGUACGUGUGUCCAAUGAAAAGGUUCGCAAACAUUUUCUCGGACGCCGGAAAUCGGGUCAACUACUUUGUGUACGAUUACCAGCCGGAGGCAAUGAAGAAGCUGAAACCGCUCAACAAGGAUGCCACCCAGCUGGACGAUGUGAUUGCCGUGUUUGGUGCUCAGCUGUACCCAUCAGAAAUCACCUUCUCGCACACGAUAAUGAAGCAGUGGGGCGAAUUUGCAAAGUCCGGAGACUUGCCAACACUGAAGAGUGGCCGUCCAUGGCCACAGUACACGCGGGACAACCCUCACUACAUAUUCCUAAGCAACCGCGGCCGGAGCAGCCAGAACGGCACCCAGAACGAGCUUGCCAUAGAUUCGAAGGAAGAAUUCAAGGACCAGUCGUGCAAGUACUGGGAAGACUACCUCGACAUGCAGGCCACCAACCAGCAGCCCGAAGAGUUCCCAUUUAAGUGUGACGAGAUCAGUGCAAUCUAG